GUCUUACGGGGAGGGGUUGAGCUCGCUUCUUUAUGAGCAUCUUUGCGUGCCAGCUCGGGGACGUCGAUUUGGAUCCGAUCUGGCCAUCUGUAGCAUCUUGUCUCUAAUAGUCGAGCUUGAGUGCGAUUUAUAGCUUAUCAGUCCAUACGCGAGAUUCUAUCGACUUCGUCCUUCGUUUUUUUUAGCUCCCUAUCCCCUCCCGAACUCCGUUCCUGCUCGAUAUUCCGGACGAGCAAAGAUGGAGUUCAUUACGCAGGAACGCUGUCCCGUAUACGCCUCCUUCUUUGGCGCCCUGGGCUGCGCGACCUCCAUAGUCUUCACCGUCAUGGGCGCGUCGUACGGGACGGCCAAGUCGGCCGGCGCCAUCUUCUCGUCGGGGAUAAUCCGGCCGGACCGGCUGAUGCAGAACACGCUGUGCGCCAUCAUGGCCCAGAUCCUGUCCAUCUACGGCCUCGUGGCCUCGGUCAUCAUCUCGGGCGGCCUGGUCGAGAAGAUGGCGCUGCACACGGGCUUCAUGCAGCUCGGCGCCGGCCUGUCGGUCGGCCUGUGCGGCCUGGCCGCCGGUUUCGCCAUCGGUAUCGUGGGCGACGCGGGAGUCCGCGCCAGCACCCAGCAGCCGAGGCUCUACGUCGGCAUGGUCCUCAUCCUCAUCUUCGCCGAGGUCCUCGGUUUGUACGGCGUUAUCGUGUCGAUCCUGAUGCUCACAAAGGCCCAGGUUGGCGUCACCGAGUGCCUGGCUUAGGGACAGGGCCCAGUGAGGAGGACCGAGAGUCUUCGUAUCUGCUAUUUCGGCUCGGGUUAGGAGCUUAUACAGUUCAACUAGGACUUGAUGCGGUGGGGAGCGGAAUCAAGCAGAGGCACUCUUUCGUUAUCAAGAACAACCAAAUCGCCAUAGGCAUCUAGUCAUGCCCAUCCAAGAAAUCCAUAAAAAUCAGCUGCUAUGCACCAGUGCCAUGCACCGAAGCGACUAACCCCCCCUGCGGCGUCCAAAGUGUAUAUACAUCCUCUCCUUCCCUCCGCUCAAUCCCACAACCCAGCAGCUAGUAUAGCCAUACACACAUGCAUUACAUCCGGGGUAUAGUCGCAAUGGCGAACUCCUGCUCUCCCUCAAUCCCCCUUCUUCACCAACACCCUAUCGCUACUACAACGCCCAUUCGGCCUUGUUCUCGUCUUCCCUCACAAACGGCUCGUCGAUCAUCUUGAUCGCGUAAUCACUGCAGAGAAUACUAUCCACGGCAUGUUUGUCAGUUUCGUUUUGUUCACCACGCCAAGAGCCAGGGGAAGCAGAAUUA